AUGAACAACUCAACCACCCCAACCAACGGCAUUGUGGUCACCCCAGAGAUGUGGCAGCAGAUGCAAUCAAUGCUUGCCCUCUUCCAAACAGCCAAAUCAGCUCCAGCUCCGGCUUCUUUGGAUCAACAAACUCCAGCCAAAGCGUCAAAUCAACCCUCUCAAAUCACGAGCGCAUCCAAUUUAUAUUGCAACUCGGGGUCUCAAGAAUCAGAUGACAAAAGCGCUUUGGACAAUAGUGGCUUCAAAAACAAAAAGAAGGAAUCUACAGCACCUCCAAACAAGCAAUCAACCCCCAUCAUUGACACACAAGUUGCUCAAAGCCCCUCCAGCAAGAAAGAUCAAGACCUCCUUGUGAUUUCAGAUCUAAAAAGCUAUGACUUUAGCGUUGGUGGUAACAACAUCAUUGGCAUUACGGACUCCGCGCGUAUCAAGGAGGCUGCGGGUAUUGAGGACUCAGUCUUGGCCAUUGAGGACGCCCCGGCUAUCAAGGACGCCCCAGCUAGCGAGGACACCUCAGAUAGCAAAAACCUCCUGGCUAGCAAGCACGCCCCGGCUAUCGAGGACACCCCGGAUAUCGAGGACGCGGCGGCUAUCCAAGAAAAUGAAGCUAGCCCGAGUGAGGAAGCUGUGAAACUCUCCCUCUUGAACGAACGAACGGUCGAUAGCGUUGACGGCGCCCGCACAGAGCGGACAACAAGAGGCGACGAGGGAGUCGAGCUCGUUCUUGAUACGGAGGCCGACGACGCGGGUGAAAGGGGCCGCCGCGGUGGUGGUCGACAGCGGCGGCGCGUGAUCGGCGUCGUUGUCGUGCUUAGGGAGGAUGGAAGACGAUGA